AUGGAUUUAAAACAUUUAAUCAGCGAACGUGAAUCUAUUAAAGGUGAAAUCACCAGAAUAACUGAACAAUUAGAAUCAGAAUUAAAUAGUUUAGAUGUCUUUGAUCUGGAAAUUCUACAAGAGGAAAUUAUCAAAAACUUUGAACAGUAUAAAAUCACACAAAAUAAAGUAGAAAGUUAUACACCCAAAAAAAAUGAAAAAGAAAUUCCAGAUCAAGAAGAUAGGAACAAAGUAGAAAUUUAUUAUCGUAAAACUAGGAGUCAAUUAGCUAGAGCAAUCAAAAAAUUAACUAUAUCUGAAAGUAGUUGUAAUGAGUCAGUUAGGGAAAACAGAUUAGAUUCAAACCACAACUCAGGUACUAGAUUACCUGAAAUAAAAAUAAAAAAGUUUUCAGGAAAUCACACUGAAUGGGAAAGUUUUUACAACUUGUUCAAAACUAGUGUUCUCGAAAAUCCGCAACUAAAAUCAGAUGCUGAGAAAUUAUAUUAUUUAAAAAGUUAUUUAGAAAGUGAUGCACUACAUAUUGUAGACGUUUUACAAGUGAACGAUAGAAACUUGCAAGUAGCUAUAAACUUGUUAAGAGAAACUUAUGAAAACAAAACAAAAAUUGUACAUGUAUAUUUCUCCGAAUUAUUGAACAUACCGCAGUUAAGUAAGCACAAUCCUACCGAACUUUCAAAAUUUGCUACUAUCUGUAGGCGUAACUGGACACUCCUACAGAAUCUUGAGCUUGAUCACAAAGUAUUUUUAGAGGCAUUAAUAACUUAUCUUUAUCAACAAAAAUUAGAUUAUGGUUUCAAAAAAGAGUUUGAAAAAUGCAGGAACAGGGAUACCUUACCAACAGUAGAUGAAUUUUUACAAUUUCUUAAAGAGGAAAUUGAAAUAGUCGACAAUGCCACUGGUAAAACUAGCCAAUCGCAAACUUCGCAAAACUCAGUUUCGCACAAGAGGUCACAAAGUAAAGUAGCGUUUCAUUCGCAAUCACAACCAAAGUUCAAUAAAAACUCAAAAAAUCAAUCAUCUCAGCUUAAGAAUAAUUCGAUUAAACAAAAUCAAAACAUGAACGGAUGCGUUAUGUGUUCAGACACUGCACAUAAAAUUUAUACCUGUGAAACAUUCCUAUCGUUGCCCAUUACUAAGCGUAAUGAAUUUGCCAAAACCAAAACAUUGUGUGUAAACUGCUUAGGCACUAGACACAGUGCUGAAACCUGUCUGUCACAGAAGUCAUGCUCCCAUUGUCAUAAAAGACAUCAUUCUCUUUUACAUUUUCAAAACUCACGCAAUGUAGAACAAAGGCAUUCGUGCAAUAACAAUUUCAAUCCACAUAGUAACUCAUACAAUUCUCGGUCGCUAAAUUCGAAUUUCCAACAAAACCCUCAAACUUUUAAUUUGGAAAGUCCUAUUCAAAUUCAGGACAGGCCGUCCACAUCUCAAAGCAUCCAAGAAAAUCAAGCACGUCCAAAUUCGUCUAGUCUAUCAGCUCUCUCGAUAAAAAACAACUUAGUGUUGUUAGCAACUGCACAAGCAACAAUUUAUAAUCGACAGAAUCAACCUGUUAAGGUAAGAAUUCUUCUGGAUAAUGGAAGUCAGAAUUCCUUUAUCAGCAAAGAACUUGUACAAAAACUCAACUACACCCCGUAUAAGAAAAUCUUAAACAUUUCAGGUAUAUCUGAAACUAGUACUUUGUCUAACGAAAUGUUGGACAUAGUGCUACACUCAAAUGUUGACCCCUCGAAGAACUUCGAAAUCUCUUGUGCUGUACUCGAAAAAAUUACCACGACUAUUCCGCAAGUGAAAGUGAAUGUAGAUCACAUAACAAUUCCUUCGCGGAUAGUGAACAAAUUAGCUGACAAGACCUUUGCCACACCCGGUAAAAUAGAUCUGUUAAUAGGAGCAGAUGUUUAUUAUGAAUUGUUAACUUAUGGUCUCAUCAAACUAGGUGACGGCCUACCUACUCUCUUUAAUACCCAUUUGGGUUACGUUAUCUCGGGAAGACUGAACUCCCGACAAGAAUCAAAAAACCCACACGCUAUCUCGCAUCAUGUAGCCAGUGAAACCGAAGACCCUAACCCGGACACUGAAUUACAAAACACUCUCUGCAAAUUCUGGGAGAACGAAGAACUCCCAAACCUAAAAUCUCUAUCAACCGAAGAUGAACUGACAGAAUUCAUCUUCAAAACCACAACUAAAAUUCUCCCGAACGGACAUUUCCAAGUGGAUAUUCCGUUAAAGUCCGUCACAGAACACAAAAAGUUAGGUGACUCCCUCGCAGUUGCCAAAAAGAGAUUUUUCUCUUUAGAAAAACGCUUACAACAAAAUCCCGACCUCUAUUCGGAAUAUAAGAAAUUUAUUCAUGAAUACUUAUCUCUAGGACAUGCGAAAUAUGUACCACUAUCGUCGCAAAAUUCACGUUGCGAAAACAAAUAUUUUAUCCCUCACUUGCCAGUUUAUCGACAAGACCGAGUUACGACUAAGCUGCGAGUCGUAUUUGAUGCUUCUUGUAAAACCAACUCUGGUUAUUCAUUAAACGACAUUUGUCUCAAAGGUUAUCAAACUCAACCCAACCUAUACGACAUAUUGUGUAGGUUCAGAACCUUCAAAUACGCGUUGAUAGUUGAUUUGGAGAAAAUGUUCAGACAAAUUCGAAUAAAUCCCAAAGACCUAUUCCUCCAAAAUAUUUUGUGGAGAGACUCAGCAAAAGAACCAUUAAAAUGCAUUGAAUUACAAACAAUAACUUACGGUAUGAAUUGUAGUCCAUUCCUCUCAACGAGAGUUCUGAAUGAGAUUGCAAGUACCAAUAAACAUCUCCCUCUAGCCUCCGACGCUGUUCUUACGCAGACGUAUGUAGACGACAUUUUAACAGGGUGUGAUUCAACCGAAUCCCUUGAAAAACUCUAUUUGGAACUUAAAUCAAUGCUUGAACCAGCUGGUUUCCACUUGCACAAGUGGGGAUCUAACUCUCAAACCUUUCUAAGAAAGAUAUCGCAGACUCGAAUAACUGAAUUUGACAUAAAUUUAGAUCAAUCUCCGUCUAAAGUCUUAGGCGUAAAAUGGAAUCCCAUAAGUGAUGAGUUCCAAAUAUCGGUACCCACUGAACUCGUCAGUGAGGACAAUAUCACCAAGAGAAAUAUCUUAUCACACAUUUCACAGUGCUACGAUCCUCUGGGGUUUGUAAACCCCGCUAUCGUUAAGGGAAAAAUGCUAAUGCAAAAAAUCUGGAAAUUAAAGUGCAACUGGGAUGAUAAGAUCACCGACAAAGAAAUAAAUAGGAAAUGGCAAGAAUUUCUAAGCACCAUCUGCCAAAUCAAGGACUUAAAAAUUCCUCGUCUUAUCUUCAAUAACAAAGAAAUAAGCAAAAUCGAACUUCACUCCUUUUCAGAUGCGAGUACUGAAGCGUACGGCGCAUGUGUCUACAUUAGAACUAUCUACACUGAUAAAACAGUUUCACGUGUACUGAUAUCAGCAAAAUCACGCGUCGCACCUCUGAAAACUAUCACAAUUCCCAGACUUGAACUCUGUGGAAUGCUAUUAUCCGCGAACCUGACUCAAGGAGUCAAAAACACUUUGGAACCUAAAGUCGACAUAAACUCAGUUAACUUAUGGACGGACUCUCAAAUUGCACUGUGUUGGUGCAAAAGCCACCCAAGUCGAUGGUCGACAUUCGUAUCAAACAGAGUAGCGAAAAUACAAGCGCUAACAACAAAUUUCCAAUGGCGGCACGUAGGAUCAAGCGAUAAUCCCGCUGACCUGCUGUCGCGUGGAAAAUUCACACCUGAAAUCUACUCCAUGUGGUUUAAUGGACCCAAAUUCCUCAAUGAGUUCAGUUCAGGUUUCCCCCAAUACGAGAUUAAUAAGAAUCUCGUCAACGUACAUGAGGAAAGAAAGGUAUCCCUGACAACCAUUUCCGAACAAUGUAACUUUUGGCAAAACACCUUUUCACGCUUCUCUUCAUUUUCCAAAUUACAUCGCACAGUGGCGUACGUCCUACGAUUUACACACAAUUCGAGAAACAAAGAAAGUCAAUUCAAAGGACCUCUGUCAGUCAGGGAACUAAAUUCAUCAUUAAACUUCAUUAUCAAACAAGUUCAAAAUCAGUCCUUUUCAACAGAAAUAGCGGAACUUUCAAAGAAUAAAAACUUAUCAAAUAAACAACUUAUAUCCUUAAAACCAUUUCUAGAUACAUCCGGCUAUCUCCGUGUCGGAGGUAGACUGGAAAACGCUGAAAUAUCCUUUGACCAAAAACACCCUAUCUUCCCGCUAUCGCGCUUUCUUUCUUAA